GAAAAAAGUAAAUCCGCAUUUUUUUACCCGCAAGGAAGGCGAGUCGUUAUUCGGUUGUCUUCAUUUUUGUGUUCGUGACUUGGCUGGGUUUUUUUCUUCUUGAUCUUAUUGCUCUCUUGUCUGUCUCUGUGUCUGUUGCUCUUGGGCUGUGGCUCCUCUUUCGGAUUUCCCCACGAUUCUUUCCUCGCUUCUUCCCAUUAAUAUUAUAUAUCCGCCAAAAUGGUCGACGCUCCCGAGAGUCCUAGGCCGCAGGAACAAACUCCCGUCAAAUCCGGUUUCCAGAAUGGUGUCAGAACGACGGGCCGUGCUUUCCACUCCCCCAACUGGCGCGUGAAGCGUGAGGAGAGCCCUAGCGGCCAGAGUGCCGGCUCGCCGGGCCCCAAGACGAGCACCUCGCGAGUCGCAUUCAGCAAACCGAGUCCCCAUGUCCCGCAGGCCAUCUCCGAGGGCCGACGCCUCUACGUCGGCAACAUGCCCUACACGGCCAAGUCGGAAGAUGUGCAGGCACUGUUCACGGCCGCCGAGUUCCCAAUCGAGCGCAUCGAUAUCGCCAUCGACCCCUUUACCGGCCGGAACCCGUCAUACUGCUUCGUGGACCUCGAGACGAAGGAAUUGGCCGAGCGCGCCAUGGUCGAGUUGGACGGUCACGAUAUGCUGGGCCGUCCCGUCAAGAUCAAGCCCGGCGUGGUCAAGUCGCAAAGCGAACGAUCUCAGCAGCAGCAGCAACAGCAACAGCAGCCCCGAACGGAUGGCUCCCCCCGUGCCCCCAAGACUUCCUCCCCCUUCGGUAUGGACCGAUGGCGCCGUGACGACAGUGCCCCUGCUCCCCCCGCCGCCCCUGCCCUCCAGCGAACCAACUCGGACCCGAGCCGCCGUCUGUACGUCGGCGGACUGCCGCGCGUGAGCGACCAGGAGACGAUCAACAGCAACAUCACGAACUUUUUCAAGGGUUUCAACAUCGAGAACAUUAGCAAACUCUUCAGCCCCCACCCCGCCAAGCGCUUCGAGCCCGGUGACCAUUACUACCUGUUCGUCGACUUCGGCACCGUCGACGAGACGCAGGCUGCCAUGGAGGCCUUGAAUGGCCAGGAGGGACCCUGGGGUGGCAACAUCCGGGUGCAGCGAGCCCGUGGCGAGACCUGGAACUCGGAGGAGCGAAAGAGGUGGGCGAGUUCCCGGGAGAACGGGGCUGCACCUGCUGAGGCAGCAGCUGAGGUUUAAAAAGAAACCCGUUUCAAUUAUUUGCAUUUGGGAUUAACGGCCAUUUGGACACAUUUUUUGUUUUGCAUAUGGAGUCAUAACGGAGCAAAAGGACCAAAAAAAGUUUGGAG